AAGAUACAGUGUAGUCAUUAUUUAAGUCUAAUUUUUUUUUUCGUCAUUUACUGGUUAAAACUGUUUUAGCCAUCGCAGUGAGUUAAAGUAAAACCGUAUGUGCAUUUUCAUCAAAUUAUAUAGUUUAUUGUUGACAUAAUUUGAUAAUUUAUAGAAGUUCAACUUCUAACAAUGGCUGAUGUAUUGGAUUUAAAUGCUGAAGAAUUCGUCGAAGAAGUUGACGAAAGUAUAUCUAAGCUUAAAGAAAAAGCUAGAAGAAGAAAAGGUCGUGGUUUUGAUGACAAAACAAAAAGAGACGAUAUCAAAGACGAAGCUGAAUUUGAAACAAUUGAUCAAACAGAUGAUGAUGGCCCAGGACCUCAGAGAUCUGUUGAAGGAUGGAUAUUGUUUAUUUCCUCUCUGCAUGAAGAAGCUCAAGAGGAUGACUUACAUGAUAAAUUUGCUGAAUUUGGUAAAAUCAAGAAUUUACAUUUAAAUUUAGAUCGUAGGACUGGUUUUUUAAAAGGCUAUGCAUUAGUUGAAUAUGAAUCAUAUAAAGAAGCUUCUCGAGCUCGUGAAGGACUUAACAACACUGAUAUACUAGGUCAACAAAUAAGUGUAGAUUGGUGUUUUGUUAAAGGCCCUAAAAGAACAAAAAAGUCAAGAAGAAGGAACUAUUAAUGAUUGCAUUUUGUAUUUGACUAAUUGCCAUAGACAUUAUAUAUAAAACUUUUAAAUUAAAAUAUCAAAAUAAAUUAUUACAAAUUUAAUUAAAUUCAUAGUUCAUAAAAAAAAACAUUAUAAAAUUUCUAAAAAUUAUUUUUUAUUAUUAUUUAUUUCUUAACAAAAUAUUUUUACUAUUAGGCAAUAAUCAACAAUAUAAAGUUAAAAAUUUAGAUUGCAUUUUUUUUUUCCUGUAAAUGAAUAUUUUAUAAAUUAAUAAAAACUUUUAAAAUAGAUUGUUUUGUAAUAUAUUUAGUGUUAAAUCUUUUUUUAUAUUUAUGAUAUUAAUACAUUUUUAAUCAAAGUACAGUACUAAUAAAUGGUUAUACCAACUAUUAAAAAACAAUUUAACCAAAAUAAAUCUUCUGUAAGUAGUAGUAAUAGUGGUUGCUUGUCAAAUAACAAUUUAAACUUCUCAUGACUUUUAUGGCAUAAAUUAUUACUUUUAUUUCCUUGCAUCUUAGUUAUAGUUUUUGCUUUCCAUAAAAAUGUGGAACUUAUUUCAAUUAUAGAGUUGUAUAUUGAUAAAAUAAUCUAACAAAAAAAAAACAAUAAAUAAAUAUCUCAUAAAUAAAAACCCAGCACAGCGGGGACA